UGCUGUAUAAAACUUGGCAUCAACCUUCAUCCUCAUCACAAACUUGUAAAAAUCUUUGAGAGAUGGGAAGCCAGGAAGGGUCAUCUGCCUCCCAACUUCAUGUAGUCAUGUUUCCAUGGUUUGCGUUUGGUCACAUAACACCAUUUGUUCAGCUUUCUAAUAAGCUUGCUUCUCAUGGAGUCCAAAUCUCUUUCUUGUCUGCACCAGGAAACAUCCAGAGAAUCUCAUUCUCUCUCAAUUCUUCACCUCUUAUCAAAAUUAUACCUAUUCAUAUCCCACCAGUUGAGGGUCUUCCACCAGGUCUUGACAGUACUGCAGAUUUGUCACCGGCCUUGGCGGAUCUUCUGAAAAUUGCACUUGAUAAAAUGCAGCCUCAAAUUGAAUCCAUUCUCAUUAAUCUCAAACCCCAUAUUGUCUUUAUCGAUUUUGCACAACACUGGCUUCCUUCCAUUGCUUCUCCACUAGGUAUCAAAACUUUCAAUUUUUGUGUUUUCGCUGCUGCUUGCGGAGCUUAUAUAACGAACCCACAACGGGAUUCACCAACUAUUGAUGAUUUAAAGAAACCUCCACCAGGGUUUCCCACAACUUCAAUAACAUCAAUGAGUACUUACCAAGCUCGUGAUUUCUUGUAUCCUUUCAAGAGCUUAUAUGGAGGACCUAGUGUUAAUGAACGUGUGCAAACAGUCAGGAAAUCAUGUGACGCCAUUGUUAUGAAGAGUUGUGAUGAAAUGGAAGGUCCUUAUUUAGAUUAUAUCAGGCAACUUUAUUGCAAACCUGUUCUGCUAACUGGUCCUUUAGUUCCAGGCCCACCAAAAUACAAGUUGGAAGAAAAAUGGGAAAACUGGCUGCAAAAAUUUCCAUCAAAGUCUGUUGUGUUCUGUUCAUUUGGCAGCGAAACGUUUUUGAAAGAUGAUCAGAUAAAGGAACUAGUACUAGGAUUAGAGCAAACUGGUCUUCCAUUCAUUGUGGUAUUGAAUUUCCCACCUGGUGGUGGAGAUAAUAUUGAAAAGUUGAAAAAUGCAUUACCAGCUGGAUUUGCAGAGAGGGUGCAGGGUAAAGGAGUGCUCCACACUGGGUGGGUGCAGCAACAAGCGAUUCUGGCACAUGAAAGUGUUGGGUGUUAUGUUUGUCAUUCAGGUUUAAGCUCUGUGAUUGAGGCAUUCAUCAAUGAUUGUCAACUAGUUAUGCUACCACAAAAGGGUGAUCAGUUUUUGAACUCUAAGUUAAUCAGUGGAGAUCUGGAAGCUGGGGUACAAGUAACUAAAAACGACGAAGAUGGGCAUUUUAGUAAAGAAGAUUUGUGUAAAGCUGUUAAGAUAGUGACUGAGGAUGUGAAUGAAGAGCCAGGGAAGUCAAUUAGUGUUAAUCAUGGGAAAUGGAGAAAUUUUCUUCUUAACAAGGAUAUACAGGAUAACUUCAUUACUAACUUGGUUCAAGAGAUGAAAAAAAUGGUGAACUGAAGCCAAUGGUUUUAAACUCAUUCUAUGAAAUACAUGAUCUAGUUUUCUGUUUGUGUUUCCUUAAAUCUAAUCUUAUUAAGGUUGAAGGUGAUUCUAUUUGAGGCCAGGUUCUUUCUGUCUGAAACUAUCAAACCAAUCUUACAGGUUGAGCCUAUAGCUUCUCCAAUGGUUAACGUAAGAGCAGAAUAAAGCAAGGUGCUACAACUGCUGCAGCUGUUUCAUGAAAUAUUCUUAAUAUUUUGUCUAUAUCUAGGCUACUUCUUAGAAGAUACAGAUACAAUUUUAGCUGCUAGACAACUGAAAUACAAUUUGUGUACAAGGAACUAGUUUUGCUGCCGCAUUAAGGACAGUGUUGGCUUUAGCACACACUUAGGACUUCCAUACUUAUCAGACAAAUUGACAAGCCACGGCAAUUUUAGAUAUGAAGCAAACAUCUGCAGUAUUCUUAAAAUUUCUGGACUGUGUGAGUAUGAGGAAGACAAGGUUGCAACUAGGACAAAGAAUUAUGCAGCAUUAAAUUUCCAAAACCAGAAUGGUCUAAUAUGACCUGCA